AUGGCUCGGAUCAUCUUUACGUUUGCUUAUUUCACUUUGAUUGCUUCUUGUCUGGUCGAGUUUGUGCGUUCGCAUACGCCUCAUGUCUGGAUGGUCGGGCUCAGAGAAGGCCAAACCAUUGAAAAACAUCUCGAUUUCGUAGGCCGCCCAAUACCGGUCGAAGAACGCAGGCCAGAGAUCAAUGGAUACACGGCUUCUAUCUCAGAUGACGACACGGAGCUAUUUAAAGCCACCCGCAAAGAUCCAGACGUCGGGUUUGUGGUCAAGAUGCCGGAAGACUAUUUCCGCAAAAUUGAGAAGAUCAUAGAGGAUGGGUGGGACGAAGACGACCGCGACUUGUACGAAUACAUGACAUACCCCAAUCACCACUGGCAUAAUCUGCAGGGCAGAGAUUAUGAGAUCCUGGUCAGCGACGAGGGAGAACUCGUUUACUUUGUCAAUGGAGAGCAGGAGAAGAAGAAGUUAUGUCGCUUGAUCCAAGCUGAUCCUCGUGUCGAUAACAUUGGACCUGUUCGAGGCUACAAGAUGAACGAUGAAAUUCACGACAACCCCCAUAAUGAGUUGUAA